GUGCACUUAGGCGUUUCUGAACUCAUAGCCGUGAAAGUGGGGACUUAAACUGUUACCGAAAACGCCCUGCUUCGUAUUUCUAACACUUGAGUGGAAAGAUUCCCUCACGGCGGAUCGCAUUUUCACGAUAAAGAUAGUGAGGAUUCAGUGGCGGUAGUGGUGACAACUGUUGAAUAAAAUUUUAAAAAGCACAAAUAUGGCUCAGGAAAGUGAAUCUCCGCCCAGUUUUUGCACAAGGCUCAGUGGGUACUUGAGGGAUUCACCAUUUUUCUGUAAAAUUAUUGAACUCAUAUUCUGCGUCAUUUCCCUGGGAUUGAUCAUCGAUCCCAUCAAUAAUGGAAGAAACAUGAUGACUGAUAAUAACAGCAAGGGCCUGGUUUACUUAGCCCUCUGCGCUUACAUCAUGAUCAACGGCAUCGUCAUCGGGUGCUAUCUAUGUGGUGAAAAGAUGGUGAAAAAUAUGGCGAUGUGUUUUACUACAUUGGGAGCCUUCCUGUCUUUUGGUGCUGGGAUAGUAAUCCUCCGCGAUUACGUUGUCUACGACAGGAAUACCUUGGGGCCGAAAGUCGACCAGUACUUGGAUCAAAUGCUGGCUAGUGGAAUAUUCGCCAUUUUCGCGUCGGUUGUAUUUAUUGUUGAUAUUUAUCUAACGAAUAAGUAUGAGGAGAGUUGAAAUGCAGUAUAAUCAUCGUGACCGACUCUAUUGGUAAUGCUAACAACAUCGUCGUUAAUGUUGUACUAAUUUACAGUGCUUUUAUAUAGUGCCUCGAGCGUUGAUUACAUUUUUUAAAUAAACAAAUAUUUUUUACGUGUUGCCGGCUAUCCGCAGACAAUUGAUUAGGCAUAAAAAACGUUGGGUAGAUCGUACGCACUUCACACAUAAAUAAUAUAGAAAAUAUAAUAUAUGUAUUUUAUAAAGAUUAAUAUAAAAAGUCCAUUUACUAUUGAUAACAAUUCGAGUGCUCAGUCUCCAGCGCUAAAAAGAUGACAAUAGUAAAUGGAUUUUUUGUAUUAGUCAAUUGUUGGGGAGUAAAAGAGCUGUUAAAAUGAGAAAAUUCA